CUGCUCCCCGCGCACCCGGUCAAGUGCCCUGCUCAGCUGCCCAGGACAUCGGCCACCACUGGGCCACACUAGGAGGACAGGCAGGAGACAGACGCCAGAGCAGGGGACAAAAGGCACAAUAAGGGGGGAGGUAAAAAAGGAUUGGAAGACGUGAAGAUGGCGACAGGGAUGAGCUGGCAUCAGCAACAGCAUUACUACGGCGGAGGGGCUUCUACCAGUACUGCCAAGUUCGUGCCCUCCUCUCCGGGGAUGAUGGCACAUCAAGCUGGACUGAGUAUGGAGUACACUGCAGAACUGCACCUUAAGAUGAGCAAGAAGAUCGCGCAGCUGACUAAGGUCAUAUAUGCCUUAAAUACUAGGAAUGAUGAGCAUGAAUCAGGAGUACAAGCCAUUAAAGAAGCCCAUGAAGAAGAAAUUCAGCAAAUUCUUGCUGAAACCAGGGAAAAAAUAUUACAAUAUAGAAAUAAAGUGUCAGAGGAAACAGAGCUAAAAAGAAAAAUACAAGCACUGGAAGAAUCCUUAGAGGAACAUAAAAAGAUGAAACACCAAGCACUUACUGAAUUUGAAGUUUACAAACAUCGAGUAGAAGAUAUGCAACUUUGUGCAGAAGCCCAACAUGUGCAGAGAGUUGUUACCAUGUCCCGAGAGGUGGAGGAGAUAAGGAAGAGGUUUGAGGAGAGGAUACGGAGUUUUAUGCAGCUUCAGGUCCAGUUUGAAAAAGACAAACGCACUGCCCUUGAAGAAUUGAGAGCAACUCAUAGAUUAGAAAUUCAGGAGCUCCUGAAAGUUCAACACAGUCAAAAUGCUACUUUAAAUAAGGGCCAGGAAACACUUGAGGAAAUGCAUCGAUUACAAGUGGAAGAAUUGAAUAAAAAGUUGGAAGACCUACGUCUUGAGAGGAAAAAGUUAGUAGAAGAUUAUGAAGGGAAGUUGAGUAAAGCUCAGGCUUUCUACGAACAUGAAUUGGAAGCUUUGAAAAGGUCUCAGCACUUCACUGCUGAGAGUUUGCAUGCCUGUAAGCAGAAAGAAGCAGAACUGAAGCGAGAAUUUCAAACUCAAGAAGCUGUCUUACAGAAGAACCUUGGGAUCCUUAAAACUGAAUUCCAAGUUGUACAGGAAGAAGCAGGGAGUCUUAGAGAAAAGUGCCAAAAACUACAAGCUUCUCUGGCUACAGCAGAGAACAAUGUUCAGGUCCUUCAAAAACAGCUGGAAAAUGUGAAGCAGGAGGAGAUGUCUUUACUUAGCAAACAGAAGGACAUGGAAAGUGAAAUAGCAGCUGCUCGGGAGCGACUACAGCAGCAGGCUACAGAACUUGUGUUAAAAGCCAGUCACAUUGGAAUGUUGCAAGCUACACAGAUGACACAAGAAGCCACCAUACAAGACCUGGAAUCUGAAAAAGCUAGGAUAAAGGAAAAAAUAGUUAGACUAGAAGAAGAACGGGCUAUGCUGCAAAGUAAAAAUCAAAACCUGGAUGAACGCCAAAGGCAGCAGAUCCUUGCACUGGAAAAGAAGAUCAAUGAAGCGAAGCAAAACCAACGUGAAUUUUAUGAGAAAGAGCUGAUUAACCUGCGCAUCAAAUUUGAGGAGGAGACUGUACAGCUAAAAGAGGCCCAUGCAAAGACUUUAGAGGAGAUGUCAUGGAAACAUCAAGCAGCGCUCGAGGCAGCACAAACCUCUACAAAUAAGGAGAAGAAGAAUCUACAGAUGGAACUUCAGCAGCAAUAUGAAAAGGAGAGACUGGGUUUGGAAGAGGAUAAAAGUCAACUGAGGCAACAACUUGAAAGCCUAAAGGAAGAGCUGACGAACAAGCUGGCGACCGCCAAUCAGGAGAUUUGCCGUCUUCAAGACUUGGUGAAAAAAAGUGAACAAGGACUUGGUUCAGCAGAGUGUCACAUCACAAGUCUUAAGGAUGCUCAAGACAGGCUUCAGAAUGAGUUGGAUGUGACAAGAGAGCGACUGAGGGAGACAAGUGAUUCCUUGUUUGCUGUUCAGAGUGAGCUGGAAAAGGAGAGACAGCAAAAUGAAGCUAUCAUUUCUGGCAUGCGGGAAGAGGAAAGAUUAAAGAUUGAGAAGGUUGCCCGUGAUCUGGAACUGAAAUGGACUGAAUCCCUCAGGCAAGAAUGUAACAAGUUACGGGAAGAGCUGAGGGUGCAGCAUGAGGAGGACAAGAAGUCUGCUCUGGCCCAACUAACACAGCUCAAGGAGCGGGAAAUACACACUGCUAAGGAUAACUGGCAAAAGAAAGUGGAGGAUCUGCUGGAGCAGAUCUCCUUGCUGAAGCAGAACCUUGAGAUGCAGCUGUGCCAGUCCCAGAAUUCUCUGCAGCAGCUGCAGUCGCAGUUUGGUCAAGAGCGACAGCGUCUAACCCGAGAGCUCCAAGAGUUGGAGGAGGAACAUCAGCAGAGGCAGAAGUCACUGCAGGAAGCCCACAUGUUAGCGUUCCAAAGUAUGGAGGAUGCAAAGGAUCAAGAACAGAAAGAUCUGGAAGAUCGUUUACAUCAAAAAUACUGUGAGGAGCUGCAGUUUGUGAAAGAUGCCCACAAACAAGUCAUGGACAUGCUGCGACUGGAGAUGGAACAGGAGCUUCAAACCCUCCGCUUUGAGCUGGAAGAUGAAGGCAAAGCCAUGCUAGCAUCCUUGCGCUCUGAACUGAAUCACCAGCAUGCAGCAGCCAUUGACCAGUUGAGGAAUCAUCACCAGCAGGAGUUGGAAGGUUUUGCAGAUGAGCUUGAGAGGCAUAAAGAGUUCAGCAGACAUCAGGAAUCUGAGUAUUUUGGACGAAUAGCAGAACUUGAGAAACAGCUCAAGCAUCAAGAGCAACAUGUUUCCAGUCUAAACAAGGAGCUGCUGAUACUACAUGAGAGCAUUAACACGCUGACUAAAGAGCUGGAAUUCAAGGGAAAAGAGAUACUCCGAAUACGCAGUGAAGCCAAUCAACAAAUAAGGACACAUGAGCAAGACUUAAACCAGAAACACGAGGAAGACAUCAAUGACUUAACUGCAGCCAACAUCCGAGAGAAGCAAAUUUUAAUGGCAGAUUUUGCAAAGACACAAGCAAUGCUCGUGGAAAAAAAUUCUGCCUUGCAAGUUUCGUUAACAGAAAUGGAAGAAAAAUACCAGAACAGAGAGUCAAGACCAGAGGACCUGCAGGUCAUCUCUGAAUUAAAGGAGAUGAUAGCAGAACGGGACCAGCUUAUCAAGAAACUGAUUGAAGACAAGAAGUUCUACCAACUGGAACUAGUGAACCGAGAGACUAACUUCAACAAAGUCUUUAAUGCAAGUCCUAACGUUGGCAUUAUCAAUCCUCUAGUAAAGCAAAAGAAGAAGAAUGAUAAGUCCACAAACAGGUUUGUGAGUGCCCCUAACCUAAGUGCUGUGGAGACUAGUGGAAUGGGAAAUGGACAUCCAACCCGCCUGGAACCCAUUCCAAAUUCACCCAUCCACGAUAUUGAGUUCAACAGCAGCAAGCCUCUCCCACAGCCUGUCCCACCCAAAGAGGCCAAAACCUUUUUGAGGUGAGCACUGCCUCGCCAAGUCUAAUUUGCUGCUGGUCAUGAAAGUGCUGGAUUACUGAAAUAACCUUGAAUUCUUUUUGUUAAUUUAAUAUGGCAUUUGCAUCCUCUUUCUAGAGCUCCUUUUUGCGCAUGAAUUUGUUUAACCCUUGUGUCAUUAUUUGCUAUGAACUCUAAGUUGCGCGCACGUUUUUUUCAUUAUGCACCUUUAAGGCUUUAGGCACACGACCCUAUUUUUCAUCUGUGUGCUAUUUGCAUUUUUGCUGGCUCAUUCACUUCUAUGGAAGCAUGCACACAUCAUAUUUUUUGCGGAUCCGUGUGGCUGUUCCGCAAACAUGUCCUAUUCUCAUCUGUAUUACAGACAAAAAUAGUCCUUUCUACUGACAGGAUUGAGAAAAAUGUGGAAUGCACAUGGAUGGUAUCUACUGUAUAUUCUGCAGAUCCGCUCUUUGCGGGCCGAAACACAGACAAGGCCGUGUGCAUGAACCCUAAGGCUGAUGUAUGUACAUAUAUGAAUGAAUAUCUGUUAUUAAGCAGUACAUUUGGUAUAUUCAGUGUUAAGUAUUUUCUUACAAAAAUAGGCAAAGAAUUUGAGUAACUUAAAAUAAAUUCAUUGCUUUUAUUUAGAAUUCUUGAGUAAUCUGUGGCUCCUAAAAUAACAGCUUUUCCAGUAUUUUCUAAGGCUCUAAUGCUAAAUCAGUGUUACAAAUAGCAACUGAAUGCAUUAGUGCCCUCUAGUGGUGAUUGUGAAAAUGUACAUAUUAGAAAGUAAUUAGAAAAUACUUGCCACUGAAUUGACCGGAGCAUGCAUAUAUAUUGUAUUUUAUGGCAUACUGUAUGAAGCAUGUAUAUUUCUGUUUCUGCAUGUAGAUAUAUAUAUAUAAAGAUAUAUCCCUGUAAUUGAUGUCCCUGUGUGCUUCUUUCAUACAAUGAGACGUUUUAUAGCCCAUUUAUUGUACCUUCAGCCCGGCAUCAAAAAUGAAAUUCCUUUCCCAUGUCUAUUAAAUGUAAGCGGACAGAACAUUUAGACAUGCAAAUGAACACUUCCAUUGAACUGUAUUUCAAUCCUAUGUGUUGUUUCACUUGUGUUAGAAAUGGUGCAUGACACUGCUGGGUAAUUUGGGUGUACCUGGUCUGCACCUUUAGUGUGUUUUGUGCUCAGCAGAUGAGAAUGAUAUAGUGCUUGUGUAGCAUAUUGCCAUGGGGCAUGACCCAGGUAAUAAUACUUCUAAUUUAAAAAGGAGGCUAAAAGAGGAGGUAAAACAGACCAAAGGCAUAAAUGACCCAUUUUACAAGGUCUACAUGCUUCCUCACCAUCUGGUAGCUUGUGCUGCUGGGGACUUACAAUGUAGUGGAUGUGCAGAUAUGUCACACAGGGACAAGGACAAGAAUCGGUAUUGAUUUUGGCUUUGCUUUCCAACGGAUGCUUUAUGUUUGCCGAUGACCGCUACAUUUGCUUUCUUCCCGGCCGUGUGUGAUGUGUUUUUUUUUACGUGUAUCUCUUGUAAUGUCUUUCUCUUUCUCUCUGGGAUUUAGCCCUCCCCAGACUGAGACAUCACCAGUGGCAUCACCAGAUCCACAACGCCAGGAAUGGUUUUCCCAAUACUUCACUUUCUAAGAGGCUGUAUUUGAUAAUGUCUCUCUUUCUAUUGUGGCACAGCUUUGAUGUGGACUCUUUGUACAAGCAUGACCAUACCAAACCCUUAUGACGUGACCAAGCUUUGCCGUAACUACUGUUUGUUCCAACACUGUGAACGAGAGUGUCUGUCUCCAGUUGGAAAUGCAUUGUUCAAUAACACUCCGUGUUUGCUUUCCUUCCAGUGAAAACCUCCUUUACAUUUUACAAACAGGAAAAAAAAAAACUGAAUUUUGUAGAAUAACUGCUACCUCCUUGUCCUAUUUUUCCCUUCUUUUUUAUUUUCUGCCAAGCAUAAUUACUUCAGUGCUGGAAUAAUCUGCUCUGCACUGAUGUUAUUGAGAUGCCUUCUUAGUAGAUCCAGCCGCACGGCUAAAAUGUCUAGAAAAGACCAUUGUAGUUUCCGUUAAAUCCUGUUUAAUCGUUUGACACCAGAAAUAACAAUGUGCCUGGAGUCAGAUUCUCAGCUUCUGAUUGGUAUGUAUAUACUAUGUAUGGCUAUUGUAUUCCUAUUGUUACAACAUCAA